AACAUUGGCUGGGUCAAAAUGCCGAAAGUGCGCACCGAGAAAAAAUCACGCGUACACAAUGAGGUCGCCAAGCAGGGCAUCGUGUUCAACAAGGACUUUGGCCAGCACAUUCUCAAGAAUCCGCUCGUCAUCACGUCCAUGCUUGAAAAGGCGGCCCUCCGUCCAACCGAUGUGGUGCUCGAGAUCGGUCCCGGUACCGGCAACAUGACGGUAAAGAUUCUCGAAAAAGUGAAAAAGGUGGUGGCCUGCGAAAUCGAUCCGCGGCUUGUGGCGGAACUGCAAAAGCGUGUCCAGGGUACGCACCUGCAGCCGAAGCUACAGAUACUGAUCGGGGACGUGCUGAAGACGGACCUGCCGUUCUUCGACAUUUGCGUCGCCAACAUGCCGUACCAGAUCAGCUCGCCGUUCGUGUUCAAACUGUUGCUCCACCGGCCAUUCUUCCGCUGUGCGGUGCUCAUGUUUCAGCGCGAGUUUGCCCAACGGCUGGUGGCCAAACCGGGCGACAAGCUGUACUGCCGGCUAAGCAUCAACACGCAGCUGCUGGCCCGCGUCGACAUGCUGAUGAAGGUGAGCAAGAACAACUUCAAACCCCCGCCGAAGGUGGAAUCGAGUGUGGUGCGGAUCGAACCGCGGAACCCGCCGCCACCGAUCAACUACACCGAAUGGGAUGGGCUGACGCGGAUCGCCUUCUUGCGCAAAAACAAAACACUCGCCGCCGCGUUCAAGCAAACCACGGUCCUGACCGCCCUCGGGGACAACUACCGGUUGCACUGCUCGCUGAAGAACGUCGAUGUGCCGGCCGAUCUCGACGUAAAGGCAAAGGUAGAACAGAUACUGGAGGGGAUCGAUGCGGGGAACAAACGGGCCAGGUCGAUGGACAUCGACGACUUUAUGGCCGUGUUGCAGGCAUUCAAUGCGGACGGAUUCCACUUUAGCUGAGUGUUUAUGUUUAUGUAUAUUUUGCAAUAAAAACACGCAACGUA